GUCCCCUCAGCUGUCUGUGUCUGUUCAGUUAGCUGUCUGUGUGUGUCCUCUCAGCUUUCUUUCUGUGUGUCCCCUCAGGUGGACCCGCGGGCGUCCCUGUCCAUGUCUCUGGCUCAGACAGAUUACUGCAGACAGCAGGGCUUCGACCCUCAGAGUCCUCUCUGCGCUCACAUCAUCCUGUCAGGAUCUGUGCUGGAGAUUAACGGGACGGAGGCUGACUUUGCUAAGAAGUCUCUGUUCAGUCGACACCCGGAGAUGAUCGACUGGCCGUCCGACCACGGCUGGUUCUUCGCCAAGUUCAACAUCACACAGGUUUGGGUGUUGGAUUAUUUUGGCGGGGUGAAGACGGUCACUCCUGAAGAAUACUUCCAGGCCUCGCUGCAUACCAAACACCACUGACACCCACUGCUGCUGCUGGGUGUUGUAGUUCUGUUUUUCCUGUUUGUAGUUCUGCUGGACGACAAAAAGAGGAAUUAUUUUACUCUCAGGUUUCUGCUGUUAAUCAAAGUGUAACUGUGUGUGAGCGUGUGCAGUACUGCAGUCUGACCUCCAGAGAGAGCUGAUGAUCAACAAACCUGUUAACUUAAAGUCCGUCUGUGUGCAGCUCGACUUACCAAACUCCACUCAAUAAAACUCACAUCUAAGGUCAUUUGACUAAAAAUAACAAAGAGCACUUUUAAGUUAAGUUUAAGCAAGUCAGAGUUCAGAUAAAUAUUUCAGACUGUUUGGAUCAAAUUUUUACACAUCAUUAAAUUACAGAUAAUCUUUUCUUUAGCUUUGAUAAUUAUUAUCACUUAAAGUGAUUCUUACUGAAAG